AUGUAGCACAAACUGUAAAAAGAACAGAAUCAGCUGUCUGGUCUGUGUCUCCACACACCUUCAGCCCUUUUGUGUCUUUACAUGGGAGUGAAUGAUUCCAGGCAGGAACCAUGGCAUCCAGACAGGAGCCAUAGACGCCUAUGUGCUGUGCAGUCCAAAGACUGCUUAAAAGAUUCCAUCUUUGUGGUGGCUUAUCUUCAGUUUUGUCAUGAGUUUGACUAUAUCCAGCUUAAUCAACUGGCUACUGUUUCCCAUCAUUACCCUUUUCAGUCAUUUAAACCAGAACAGAAUCUUUUUUCUGGUGGUCUCACAUAGUGUCUGACUUCCUGAUCCCAAAUAUUAGUGGAGAUAACACAGUGUGAAUGCUGGCUGCUUGUAUAUGUUUGGUAAUAGUAGCAAAAGGCUCCUGCUCAGUCAGUGAAUGUCUUCUCAUUUUAAUAGAAGCUUUUUGACGGCUCCUUCUCUUUUAAGGCAUGACAUAGAUCUUCUAGAAUCCCACAGCUUUGUUAUGUAAUUUUAGAUAGGUUAAAGGAGAGGGGAGAAGGCAGGUAAAGAGCAAUGCUUAGGAUGUAGAACCCAUCUGGGAGCACAGAAAGCUUGUAACACUUCUGAAAAUGAGAAAAUAGUGAUCUUUUUGUUAAAUAAGGAGAAUGCCAGUUAGGAGAUGGUGUGUUUUUCUCUAAAGUCGCAUUACUCUACCAUAGAACCAAAAUGAGUGACAAUGAAGACCAAGGUGGGCAGGAAAACAUGGAUGAUUUAACAGAAAGAGAAGAAUAUGAGGAUGACUUUGAAAAAGGCCUUGAAUGGCUAAUUAAUGAAGAGGAAAAGGAAAACCUUGGUGAAGGAGAGACUCCUGAAAAGAAAGAAGAUGACAUUGAGGAGGAAUAUGAUGAAGCUGCAGCGACCUUUGAGGAAGACUAUGAGAAAAUGGAAAACAAUCCAGAUGGGCUUCCAGAAGAAGGCAUAGAUGUGGAAGUGAAGCACUGUGAGGAAGAAAGUUUGGUGUCUGGAUUUGACAUAAAAGAAGGAGACCAGGUUUCUGAUACUGAUAGUGAAUGCUCUAUCCAGGAAUCCAAGCUGGAAAACCAGCAGGAGCUGGAUGAGGAAGUAGAUGAAGAAAUAAAGCGUUAUGUCUUGGAAAAGAUUGAGGAAGCCAACAAACUGCUGGAGAAUCAGGCUCCUGUAGGUGAGAACAGAGAGCGGAAAUUAAAAUUUAAGGAUACGUUGGUGGAUCUUGAAGUUCCUCCUCUUGAAGAUGCUGAAAUUUAUAAAACAGACCUUGCAGGAGGAGGUGAUGUUUCAAUGCAGCUGUCUCAGUUGCAUAUUUCUAGUGAUGCAGGACCAGAAAGCGCAUCAAUUUCAUUACCUGCUGGCAAGAACGAGGAACAGAAGAAUGGUAAAGUCCUAGUGGAAAAAGAUGGAAAGUUUGAACUCUUAAGUUUACGUGAUAUCGAAAGCCAGGGCUUUUUGCCCCCAAUAAGUGUUUCUUUCACUGACAUUGAAACUCAACGUACAUCUCCAAAAUCCUCUCACCUCAGUUCCUCUGGCGCCGUCUCUCGAAUGAAGGAAGUACAUCCAGUAAAAGCAGGCGUACAUUCUUUUUCUCCUGCUGCAGAAGAGUGUGCCUUCUUGCCUAGGCCUCCGUCUAACCCUAAACAUCGCCCAAAUUCUGCUAUCAACGCUGCAAGAGGUCUGGGAAAACGGAAGGCCCCGCCAAGAUCACAGUCUGCAAGUGUGCCCUUGAGAAGUUCCACUUACUGCCUCUCUCCCAGACAAAAAGAACUACGGAAGCAGUUAGAACAAAGGAAGGAAAGACUGAGGAAAGAGGAAGAAGAAUGGAAAAAAGAGCAAGAAGAACAGAAAAGAAGGGAGAAUGAGAUGGUGUUUAGAGCCUGGCUACAGAAGAAGAAAGAACAAGCGCAAGAAGAAAAGCGAAUUCGUCGUGCAAAGGAGCUAGAAAACUUGAACAGCAAAGAGACAAACAGGAAUCCAGAAGAAGCGUACAGGUUAUGGCUUAAAAAAAAGCACCAAGAACACAUGAAAGAAAAACAAAUAGAAAUUUUGAGACGGCAGGAAGAGGGAAUUACAUUUUUUCCAAGGACAGAGGAAUGCAACAGAGCUUUUAAAGAAUGGCUAAAAAGAAAGAGAGAAGAACAGCGAGCGGAAGAACUGGCGGCUAAAGAGACAGUAAGGCAGCUUAGAUUAGAAGCUAGAAGAGCAAAACAGAUGCAGAACAUCCACAGCAUUAGUUCGGAGCCUCGAUCUUUUCGCUUCAGAGACAAUUACUAUUGAAAAUUUGGAGAAAGGAAGGAAGAAGUCUCAGAAAAAGAAGCUUCUGCUGAUGUUUCUGUACGUGCAGCUGGAUCCAGAACAUGUAGCACCUAAGGGAGGAAAAGCUGAGAAUGAAAAUCUAUCUACAAAGCUUAAUAGGAUUUAUCCUUCUCUAAUAGCAAGGAUGGUUUUCUGCUCUAAAGCAGAGUUUUUCAACUUGAUUUCAGACAAUACAGAUAAAUGUUGUUGUGCUUAUU